ACAACACUAUAGCUUGUGGAACCUUCUAACUGCUUCCUCCGCUAUACAUGUCGUCAAAUCAAUUCAUACGCCGCAACAGCCCAGCAGUAUCACCACUACCACCAUCGUUAUUACCAUAUAGUAGCACCACCUAAAUUAUUAGUAACAUAGCAGCCACCGCCACCACUAUCAUCACCAGCUGUACUAUAACCAUUACCACCGCCGUUACCAUUAUCAGCAGUAGCAGCGUUACCACUGCUACCAUCAUCAGUAAUACCGUCACUGUUCCUCACUAUCACCCCCAUUAGCAGUCAUACAUUACCGCCGCUACCACCACCACCAUCAGCAGUAAUACAGCAACUAACACCGCCACUACCACCAUCAGCAGCUACCACCACCACCGCCGCCACCACCAUCAGCAGUUCUUCAGCCACUACCACCACCGCCACCAUCACCGGCAGUAAUACAGCAGCCACCAUAUUUUAUGUCAUCUCACAGCCAUCUUGUUUCCAGAAAUUCUUCUUUUCAACCAAUUUACAAAUCGAAUUGACCAAAGAAUUAUUAGUGUUUUUUUUUAAAAAAGCCCUCCCUAUUUCAUUUCUGUUCACAUUAUAUCACAAAUCUAUUCAACAUGGAUGAGAGUUACGAUGUUAUUGUCUUAGGCACUGGGCUUAAGGAAUGCAUUCUCAGUGGCAUGUUGUCAGUGGUUGGCAAACGAGUUCUUCACAUGGAUCGGAAUAAAUACUAUGGAGGGGAGAGUGCAUCUAUGACACCAUUAGAAGAACUUUAUUCGAAAUUUGGCAUGGGAAACCCACCUAGUGAACUUGGUAGAGGUAGAGAUUGGAAUGUGGAUCUCAUCCCUAAAUUCCUCAUGGCUAAUGGUCAGUUGGUGAAGAUUUUAAUAAAAACUGGUGUUACUAGAUAUUUAGAGUUCAAAUCAGUUGAAGGUAGCUUUGUAUAUAGAGGUGGAAAGGUAUAUAAAGUGCCGGCUUCAGAAAGGGAAGCUUUAAGUUCAACUCUGUUAGGAUUGUUUGAAAAACGUCGCUUCCGUAGGUUUUUACAGUUUGUGCAGGAUUUUGAUGAAGAUGAUCCCUCAACCUGGUGCAGUAUAAACCCUGAAUCGACAACAUCAGAGGAAUUAUAUAAGAGUUAUAAAUUGGACGGCAGCACUAUAGACUUUACUGGACAUGCUUUAUCUCUCUAUUUAAAUGAUACUUACAUGAAUAAACCUGCUAUUGACACCAUAAAACGAUGCAGACUUUACAGUGACUCUUUAUCUCGUUUUGGAAGAUCUCCUUAUUUGUAUCCAUUAUAUGGUCUUGGAGAGUUACCACAGGGAUUUGCUCGAUUAAGUGCAAUUUAUGGUGGAACUUACAUGUUGGACAAACCAGUCGAUGAACUGAUCUUUGAAGAUGGUAAAGCUGUAGGCGUGAAAUCGCAAGGACAGGUAGCUAAUUGUAAAAUGGUCAUCUGUGAUCCGUCUUAUGCUCCAGAGAAGUGUAAAAAGCAAGGACAGGUUGUCCGAGCAAUCUGCAUUCUUGAUCAUGGUAUUCCUGAUACAGAGAAUAGUUUAUCAUGUCAGAUAAUCAUUCCACAAUCCCAGGUGAACAGGCAAAAUGAUAUUUAUGUUUGUUGUGUCUCUUAUGCACAUAAUGUCGCAGCGAAAAAUUUCUAUUUGGCCAUUGUCAGCACAACCGUAGAGACUGACAAUCCUGAGAAUGAACUUAGUAUAGGUUUGAACCUCCUCGGCCCCAUCAAACAAAAGUUUGUAUCAAUCAGUGAUCUUUUAGAACCAAUAGAUGAUGGUACAGAAAAUCGGCUCUUCAUCUCCAAGAACUACGAUGCCACCACUCACUUUGAAACUACAUGUAAUGAUGUUUUGGAUAUUUUCAAACGAGCCACUGGGGAAGAUUUUGACUUUUCGAAAGUCACACAUGCUGGUAUGGAAGACAAUUGCUGAGGCUGUAUUUCACAUAACUGGAUUAAUGUUGCUCCUGUCAAGACUCAGAUGUUUCCUUUUAACACCAACAUCUGCCUCUGGGUGCAAACAUUCUCUUCCUGCUUUUCUCUCAGCAGCACACUAUACAUCCCAACAGCUUCAAAGCUAGUUUGGAUCAUUAGGCUUUUGACAUGCUUAUUCAUACUGAUAGCUCUACUAGUCAUUUCUGUGAUGUUCUAUUAAUAAUGUAGUUCACAUUUGUCACAGAUAUCUAAUGUCUAGACUACUUUUAGGCUUUGGCUCAUUGGCAUGAGACAAAAAUUGUUCCAUUGUUUUUUUUUCUCUUUUUGUUUUUUUCCUUCUUUUCCUGAUGAGUUCAUAAAUUUUGCAGAGCAGAGACAAUCUUUUUCUCUUAGCUAUGAAACACAGUUACAUUAAUAAAAUAAAAUUUGUAUUUAGCAAUCAAUCCUGUAUUUUUUAAUUUUAAUUUCUUGUUAUAUAUUACUUCUUUUAAUUAAAUUAUGGUAUUCUUGUCAAUACAAAUUAUUAAAUUUCUAUAUUAUACAUAUAUUUUCCUUUUUUUUUUUAAUUUACAUUUUUCUUUUUUUUCUGCUUAUUUUCUUAGUUUCUUCUCACAUAAAAUAAUAUAAAUUAGCUUAUUUGUAUCUUUCAUAAAUUUGUUAAAAUAAUAACCCUGAAACCAAGAAUUAAGUGUUCAACUGAUAUAAUAAUGAUGAUGAUGAUAAUAACAAUAACAGCCUAGAUUUCUCUGCACACUUAAUUUCCCCCGUAGUAGUUAAUCCUUUAAUGUAAAUUCUCUGAAGCCUUCAUUACAAUUUUUAGCUUUGUCUCAACAUUUCUUCUUCUUCAAUCUAUUCGAUGUUUAGGUAUUUAAAUGUGUUAUGAUUUUUUACUUUUUUCUUUUCAAGUUUUCCAUUACAUUUUGAAUAUUUUUUUUUCUUUUGGAAAAAAUGUAAAACUUCUUAUGCACUAUUUUUUUUUUUUCAAUAUUGUCAUGUUUUGAUUGACCAAAAAACAAUUAG